UUUGUGAAACAUACCAUGAUUACUUAUAUUGAAGUACAGUGUUGUACAGUGGAUGGUACAGUAUAUACAGUAAAGUACUGUAAGAAAAAUAAGCAAACCGAUGACAAUAUGUGGUUGUAUGUCUCUAGAAUGACUCGAAGACCUUCUGGGGGAGGACGCCAACGCCUGUUCACACAACAGCAGGAACUUGCCGUUGUGGACCUAGUGAGGGCAGACAAUGCCAUCCGUCUCCACCAGCUACGAAAGAAAAUACUUGCAGACAGGCAAGUGUUCAACAACAUAAACCAUGUGAGCAUCACCACCAUCAGACCCAUCUUGGGAAAACACAGCAUCACCAUGAAGCAGCUCUACAGAGUCCCAUUUGAGAGGAACAGUGACAGGGUCAAAGGCCUUCGAGCUGAAUAUGUACGGAGAAUCUUGGCCAUGGAUGGAGCUGCACAGCCUCAUGAAUUCAUUUUCAUUGAUGAAGCUGGAUUCGACCUGUGCAAAACAAGACGACGGGGUCGUCUUGUAAUUGGCCAAAGGGCAAUUGUGCACGUCCCAGGGCAGCGCGGGGGAAAUAUCACAUUGUGUGCCGCCAUAAGCCUUCGAGAGCUUCUGCAUCAUCAUGCAAAACUAGGUCCAUACAAUAGCCAACAUAUACUCACAUUUCUAGAUGCUCUCCAUAAUAUAGUUGUACAGAACAGACCAGAUCAGCCCAGGUUUGUGGUGAUAUGGGAUAAUGUCAGUUUCCAUCGGGCUGCUCUGGUCCAGGCCUGGUUCUCCAACCACAGUCAACUUGAAGUGGUAUACUUGCCCCCUUACUCACCAUUUUUAAACCCUAUAGAGGAAUUUUUUUUGGCUUGGAGAUGGCGUGUAUAUGACCGCCAACCACAUGCCCGCAUGCCUCUUCUGCAGGCAAUGGAACAGGCCUGCGGCGACAUUCAGGUGACAGCAAUCCAUGGAUGGUUUCGACAUGCAAGGGGAUAUUUUCCCCGGUGCCUAGCGGGAGAAGACAUUGCUUGCGAUGUCGAUGAUGUCCUGUGGCCAGACCCCAACAGACGGCGGGAUCCAUGAGCCCACGUAUGCACAAUUGUCAUGAUUUUUUGUGUUUACAGUAUAGUGUUGUUUUUUUUUUUUUUGCUUUAUCUGAAUUCAUGGUACUGCAAUGUACAGUGCUGCAAUGUACAAUAUUGAGUAGGCCUAUUUGCUUUUUUGGUUGUUUGAAAAUGUGUCUCCUGCAAAUAUGCCUUCUGAAUAAACAAUGAAACUCAAAGACUGCAGUGUUUUAUAUAAAGUAGACUAGUGUGUUCCCCCUGAUCUGAAAGUGUUUGCAUAUGAUGCAGGUAUGUGUCAUUUUGACAAAGGAAUGUUAGGUUUUGAUAGCAGAGUUUAGGUUUUGAGAGUAGAGUUUCAAUUUGGCACAGAUGUGAAUGGUAUAUUUCCCAGUGUUGUGUCAUGUUUAUUUGUGUUUAGAGUUUUGGCACAAUGAGCAAAGUUUUGCAAAAUGUGUUCAAGCAACGGGCAAAAACUGUAAAUCACCAAGGAUUGGCAACCUAUCAGUGGUCGGCAACAUCACAGACAGAAAGUCAGAAAAUUCCUGAAUGAAAUCACCUUGCUACCAUCCUAGCACCCCUAGUGGGGAAUGCCCCACAUCACACCAAAAACUCCACCGACUUCACCAACAAGGUCCAGAAACUUACACAUGAUCCAGAUGAAACCAUGGUGUCCUUUGCUGUAGUCUCUCUCUUGACGUGCAUACCCACCACGGAAGCAGUGGAGACUGUCAGAAAACGACUACAAGAAGACAGCUCCUUGGAAGACAGGACCAGCUUCACCCCGAUCAGAUCUGCACACUGUUAGACCUCUGCCUUACCACCACAUAUUUAAAUACAAUGAGGGUUUCUACAGACAAAAAACAUGGCUGUGCCAUGGGCUCCCCCGUGUCACCUAUUGUAGCCAACCUUUACAUGGAGGAAGUGGAAAGAAAGGCUCUUGGCUCUUUUAAAGGAAGAGUACCCAGCCACUGGUACAGAUAUGUAGACGACACCUGGGUCAAAAUCAAAACACAAGAAGUGGAAUCCUUCACUGCGCACAUUAACGCCAUGGAUAAAAACAACAAGUUCACCAGGGAAGACACAAAGGAUAACUGUUUGCCUUUCCUGGACUGCGCUGUGCACACUGAAGAGAAUGGAAACCUCAACAUUGAAGUUUACCGGAAGCCCCCACACACAGACCAGUACCUCCUCUUUGACUCCCAUCACCCUCUGGAACACAAACUGGGAGUAAUCAGGACCCUACACCACCAGGCAGAACAUGUUCCCUCUAAGCCUGAAGGGAAAAAGAAGGAACACACACACACGUAAAGGAAGCACUCAAAACAUGCGGUUAUCCUAAUUGGGCGUUCAUAAAGUCAGCAAAGAUGCACAGAAAAGAAGAUCAGACACCAGCGAGGGAGGAUAUGAAAGACAGACGCAACAACAUUGUCAUCCCCUAUGUAGCCGGUGCAUCUCCAAGCACGACAUCCCAGUGUACUUCAGACCCAGCAACACACUCAGAUGGAAACUGGUUCACCCGAAAGACAAAACUCCAAAACACAAACUUAACAACGUGGUGUAUGCUGUACAGCUGACCUCUACAUUGGAGAGACCAAACAGCCACUUCACAAGCGCAUGGCACAACAUAGAAGAGCCACCUCCACGGGACAAGACUCAGCAGUCCAUCUGCAUCUAAAAGGUCAAAGGUCACUCUUUCGAGGACGCCAAUGAUUACAUUUUGGACAGAGAGGACAGAUGGUUUGAAAGAGGAGUGAAAGAAGCCAUUUACGUCCACUGUGAGCGACCAUCUUUGAACAGAGGCGGUGGUUUACGACACCAACUGUCUGCCAUCUAUAAUCCAGUUCUGAGAUCCUUCCAAGACGCCUUAAUGCCCACUCACACCCUGGGCCAUCUGACCUCAGGAAAUCACAUGAUAGGGUGGGGCCAGGUUUCACAAUGAGCUCAACCAAAACCUUGGCUGAUUGUGACCUGCACCCGUUUUCACACCUUGGCUCAUGUGAUUAGAGGAUCACCAGGGGGUCCUUUGUCCCUCUUUGGGGGGACACUCCAACAGAGCUUAAAUCUGGGACUCCCCACCAUUUGACCCUAGAACUGAAGAAGCUUCUCGGAUGAGAGGUGAAACGUCUUCAAGCAACUUAAAGAAGUCCAGACGCUUUUCUUUCCAAGCUCCUUAGACUACACAUGUCUACCUUCUCUGUGCCCCCCUUACAGUUGACAUCAUCCACUCUUCCAUGGAGUCAGGAGUGUUAACCUCAGUGACUUCCAUCUUCAAGAUGCCAAUAAUACCUCCCACCCAUUCCACAGCAAGUCACAGGAGCACGUUCUGUGAGAGAUUACCCAGAGUCACCACUCAAUGACACAAGACAUCUUUCCUGUCUGUGGCUUCCUUU